AUGGAUCCCUACAACCCAAAUAAUCCCAACUCAAGUUCACUCCCGUUUUCGUCAUCCGGCUACACACCCGUCAUGGAAAACUCUUUUGCGGGUUACCAACAAAUGCCCAACGCUUUCAACCAACGAAACCAAUACCCUAUGCAACAACCCAACAUUCCGUUCAACCAAAUGCAAAUGCAACCAACCCCACAAACAUUCAACAUGCCAUAUCAACAAAUGCAAAUGCAGCAGCUAAUGCAAAACCCGCUAAAUAUGUCAUAUCAACCACCGCCACAAGCACAUCCAACACAAAUCGAGGAAGAAGAUGAUGACAUAGAGGUUGUGCCAGAAACGCAACCUCAACCUUCAAAAAAGAAAAAGACAAAUGGAAAGGGUAAAAAAGAAGAGGCAUUGUCCAAACAACAACAAAGGCCAUGGUCAAAAAUUGAGGAAGAGGCCUUGGCCAAGGCAUAUAUUGGGUCGUCAAGGAAUCCUAUACUCGGUAAUAAUCAAUCAACCGAUGGGUUUUGGCAAGAAAUCCAUGAUAUAUUCCACAAGAUUAUGAAACAAGGCGAGUACAGAACCGUUGAUUCUAUCGGCUCCAAGUGGCGCAAGAUGAAUACGUUGAUCCAACGCUUUUGUGGGUUUUAUAACCAAACGCUCACCAACAAACCGAGUGGGUGGAACAACGAAAAUGUUUUCCAUGAGGCGAUGCAUUUAUACGAAAAUGAACAUAAGUCUUCUUUCCCACAUGUCCGUGCGUGGCAAGUUGUAAAGGAUUCUCCAAAAUGGGCGGCAACUCCAAAUGAGGUUGCAAGCGCGAAACGAGCAACCAAAAGGUCUAAAACUUCUGAGUCAGGAAGUUAUAGCGUUGGAGCCUCAACCGGUCGUUGCCAAAUAAAUAUCAACGACGAGCCCGAGUUUGACGAGAAGCCGAUUGGGGAGGAAGAACGUCCCCAGGAAGGGACAAAAUUAAAAAGAUAG